GAAAUCGUAUAAACGAUUACAUUUAUAUGCACAUUUAAGAGUUAAACCAUAUUCUGGAAUAUUUAGUCUACUAAAGAGGAAAUUAUUUCCCAUUUGAUAGGACAAAAUAGUCAAGUACCUGCUAGAUAUAAAUCCCGUCCCGUACAUACAUAGGCAGGCACUACUAGUAGGUACGCCGUGUUGAUAUCGAUAUCUCGGUCAGAUACAUACACAGCAUUGCAAAGCAGAAUACAAUUGCAAUAGUAUCAUGAUAAAAACCUCAGAAGCUCACAUACCAGUAUCAUGCAGCCAAACUCUUGUUCCCUUCGGAAAAUAAGAGACGAUAUGACUACUCCUAGAGUAAAGGAAGACUCUUCUCUCUCGAUGGCUCCCACCAAUCAAUCUCAAGGCCCCAAAUCGGGUGAUUUGCCUCCUGAGUUGAUGGAUAUUAUAAAACCUGCUCUACAAUUUGGUGGCCUUUCUGCACUUUCUGGCACUAUAAUUGGUGGAUUUUCUGGUAUCCUCGUCUCUCGAACUCCAGUUCUCUUCGCCGUCGCCAGCUCUAUUCAAUGGGGCAUUCUUGGUACCACCUUCUGGGGAACCCGUACUGCCCUUCUUUCCCGUUACAAGACCGCGUCUAUAUACCCGACACCGCAAGAGAAAGCGCUCUCCACUUCCCUUGCUGCUUCUCUUGCUGGUGCUACUGGAGGUAUACUGCGUGGCCCAAAGAAUAUUCUGCCUGGAUUUGUCGUUUUUGGAGCUGCUGGAUAUGUCGGACAGAAGAUCUAUGAUGCUGUGGACGAGAGAAAGAUGGAGGAGUUGAUGUUGGAAGAAGGUGGAAAGAAAAAGAGUGGGGAUGAUUGGAUGAAUUCGAAAUGGGUGCCCUGGAAGAAAUUAUCUGAUGACGAGUAUGAAGGUAUGUUGGGGGAAAGGCUGUUGAAGGUUGAUGCGGAGAUUGCAAUUCUGGACGAAAGUCUGCAAGCUUUACGAGAACAGCAGAACAAUGAGGCAGGAAAGCUUCAGGGAACAGAUGAAAAUAAUCAUUAGCUUUCUGUCCAGCUUCUAUACACCAUCGAAAAAGAGUUUUCGGCUAUAUAAAGUUUUAGCAUGUAUUUAUUUGUAGCCUGCAUUGUCUCUUUGCGAAAUUCAUCGAAUGAAGCA